CGCCCGGGUGCCUCAGGUAGUCGUGGUUUUGCGGCGCGGUGCGUUGCACACCGUGGUCAGGCGAAUCGCCGGGGUUCUCGUGUAGUUCGGUCGCCUUAGCGCCUAGUGUCUCGUCGCAGGUGUUUGGCCUGGGUGCACCCCCAGACGCGGGAUCGGGGGUGCGUUCGAAAAAUCGGCGUCGAAAGCCCAGCCUGGUUCCGCCAGGCGGCAGCGGGUCAGGUCGGUGCUGGUUAGGCAGUGUAAAACGCCGGCUAGAGUAGCGAGUAGCCCGUGGGUUCGAGCCAGGGCGGAGAAGCGUCGACAGACAGGGUGGAGGGGCGCUCCAGAGCGAGAGAGACCGAGGGAUAGAGCGAGAGAGAGAGAGAGCGCGCGCAAGAGAGAGAGAAAGAAAGAGAGAGAGAGAGAGAGAGAGAGAGAGAGAGAGAGAGAGAGAGAGGAAGCUUGAGGCAGGCGCGCGUAUUGAUUCCCGCGUGGCGUUAUACGGUGAGGUGAGAAAGCUGCAACCGGAAAAUCCGCGCCGCUUCCUUCGCCGUCGCUGGGGAACCUGAAGACCUCCCUGAAGACCACCUCCGGGGAGGACUCCGGGACUGCCGUGGGUCGUCGACUGGCAAGAAGGACGGGCGAGCGUGAUCUGUAGACCAGAAUGAGAGAAAUCAGCCAGGACUGGUCGAGCAGGGACCCACCGGCCCUCGGCACGAGAAAUGAUUUUUAGAAGGAAGAGGGCAUGACGCACCGAACUCAUGCAGUGGCGAAAACACGUGCGCAUCAAGUACGGUGGUCGAGUCGGUGUCGGUCAAGGGCAGCGGGAGCGGGAGCAGGUGCAGCUGCAGGUGCGCGUGGUGCAGCUGCAGCGGGAAGGGGGCGCACGACUCAGCUACGUCUGUCAUCAGCCUCAACUCUCGUCGACGGCUCGCCGCAGCUGCAGCGCAGCAGCCAUGCUCUGCUGCGGCCGCAGAAAAGAGGGCCGGGGAGAAGUGACAGACAUAAGCGCAAGUCCUGGGAGGCAGGCACCUGCCAACCAGUUGCGCCCCAAGGAACCACCCCCCAUGGUCAUCCAAGGAGACUUCAGGAAGGUGAGCGGGAUCAGCUCAGAGAUCUUCAAGCAAAUCGAGACCGUCGAGAACGAUCAUGACGCCGCGACAGCAGCGGCCCUCGAGGCCGUCGACCGGAGGGGUGAGAUGGUCGUCAGGGUCAUCGAGCCGCGACAAAUGGGCAGGAAGGCAUCCGAAGCGGCGAAAAAGUUCAUUGCCAUGCAGGACCCGAAGCAGCCCAUCCACUUUGUCGAGAUAAUCAAAAGGCCAGGGCAGACGCUCGGGCUCUAUAUACGGGAGGGAAACGGCGUCGACAGGAACGACGGUGUCUUUAUCUCGAGGAUAGCCCUGGAGACCGCCGUCUAUAACAGCGGCUGUUUGAAGGUAGGGGACGAGAUCCUGGCGGUGAACCUGGUCGACGUGACGCACAUGAGCCUGGACGACGUGGUGAUCAUAAUGUCGAUACCCAGGAGGCUAGUUCUGGCCACGAGACACGGCCAGCAUCAGCCAGUUUCGCACAGUCGCCAAACGGAGCACAAGGCGCCGCCGGUUGUCGUCAUCAAGAGGGAACUGAACGAGGACGAGAGCGAUCAUGCAACGAGUAACCACAUCAGAGACAGCAAUCGCAGGCGCGGCGACGGUCGCGAGAUGCUGCCGUCUAGGUCGAAAUUGGGAUUGACGGGUCUAGGAUCUAGUCAGGACUUGGGAUCCAGCAACGGCGAUCUCUACUACAACUCCAGACCGGAAGGACACUGGUCCUACCAACCGCCGCCGCCGCCGGUGAUCACGCAUCAGCCGAAACCAUCGGCAACGCAGCACUUCCAGCCCUACGAGCGUGGAUAUCCGAAAACGUUGGAGAGCCUGGCGGAAAAAGAUUUCACAAAGGUACACUCAUUUUACACGGGGCCGGUAAUGCCCUCGAACGGCGGUCGCCGAAUGUCAACGGGGGCAGGCAUGCAGUCGGUGGGCAGCAGAUUGUCGGGGCAAACGCAGUCGUCGCACUAUGGUUACAGUCAGCACACCGCCAGCGGGAGGAUCAUGCCCAGAAGUGGAUCGGACCAGCAUCUGCCACGGGUCGACUACACCAGCAUAACUACUCCGGCUAGACACACUUUACUUAGAUCCAGCUUGAAAUCAGCCGGCUACCUUGCAGGAACAUCGGGAUUGAGAUACACGACGAGGUACGGCACCCAAGCGGACACAACCAGCACCCAGAGGCAGGGCCAGUUCGGCACCUUGACAAGGAGGCACCGGCCGCCAUUGGACUACGCGUCCGACACGGAGGCGACGUGUUCCAGCUCGCCCAAAUCGGCGUACUAUUACUACAGGCACAACAUGAACAAUCCUUCGCAGAGCAGCGCUGUCUCGCACCUCGCGACGCUGUCCAGGUCGCAGAUUGGUCAGAGUUCCUCGGGUUUGAGAUCCAACUCCUUGCCUCGCAGCAGCAGAACGCUGCCUCAGCAGCCCGGCCUUAGGUCCGGCCUUAGCACGGUAGCAUCAGGGUUAAUAGACCAGGAGGACAGCGACGGGGCACUGUCGGCACCCGAAUUGCCUUCCAUUCGACGUGACAGAGGGAGGAUACCGUCAUCACCUAGUGUGUUCACAUCGGACGAGUACAGAGCAUGGUUGAGUCGAACACCCAGCACGAGUGCACUGUACGAACAGAUCAGGGCGACCACGACUAGGCCACCCCGCUACACCUACAGCGCAGAGAACAUCCACGCAGCUGCGAAUCAGGGCGAGUAUGGCAGCUACGGUGCAUACAGACCACUGUCGAGCACCCUGGACCGACUGUCGACGAGGUCCGCCUCCGCGCAACAGGUGAACCUGGCGAACCUUAGAGCAUCGACAGCCAUAAGCUCCACGUGUCACCGAGGGGCGACGAACCCAAGACCGGCCUCGGUUGCAUCCAGCGCGCGCACGUCGCUGACGAACCAGAAACCGUCUCUGUCGAGCUCCACGGCGCAGAGAGCCACCUCCAUCAGGAGGAUCAGGAACCCGCUGGACCUGGAGUCAACGAGAAGUAUACCCACCCCCACGCCUACUAGAACUCAGGAUCAAAGACUGUUAGAUAUUAACCCUGCAGAGUUCCUCAAGUAUAAGAUAGAGAAGCCUCCCACUGUAGGGACUCCAAGCUCGACCAGUUCCCUCUUGAGUUCCCUAGGGGAAGCCAGCGGCGGCGACCUGGCUGGUGGGGUCAGCGGACUGCUCUGGGUCCAUCUGCUCGCCGGACGGGGCCUCAGGUCGACAACGUCAUCGUCGGCGGCCACCACGCCCUCCACGCCAUCAGGUCAGCCUAACCUAGCCAGCUGUGGAUUGAGAGACCUGUACUGCGUGCUGGAGUGCGACAGGGUGCACAAGGCGAGGACAGUGGUGCGGACUGGCGACCUGAUGUUCGACUGGGACGAGACCUUCGAGCUGGAUCUCGUUGGUAACCGGCAGUUGGACCUGCUAGUGUACUCCUGGGACCCCCAGUACAGGCACAAGCUCUGCUACAAGGGCUCGGUGCACCUGGCCACCCUCCUCAAGGAGUCGCCGGUGCACCAGCUGGCUGUUAAAGUUGAACCACGCGGCACUAUCUACCUGAAGCUGCGGUACACCGACGCCCAACAGACCUUCAGGAGGAGGGGACUCCCAGUUAUAUCGUUGGCCACCAGAGUGGCUCCCCUCUUCGGAGUUGAUCUUGACACUGUGGUGAGUCGGGAGACCAAAACUGGCGGAGUUCCCGGGGGAGUGUCCACUGCCCUGGCGAUGGGUGUGCCAAACGUUCCCAUAAUCGUCUGGCGCUGCGUGGAGGAGGUCGAGAGACGGGGCCUUGACAUCAUUGGUCAGUGUUUGUACAGACUGUGUGGGUCGGCGACGAAGAAGAGGAUACUGAGGGAAGCGUUCGAGAGGAAUGCCCGGUCGGUGAAUCUGUCACCCGACAACGUACCCGACAUCAACGUCAUCACAGGUGUGCUGAAGGACUAUCUACGAGAACUUCCAGAACCACUCUUCACGAAGUGCCUCUACCAGAUGAUGGUCGACGCACUGGCCGUCUGUCUGCCCGACGAUCCACAGGGCAACGCUAAGCUGAUGUUUAGUAUCCUGGACUGUCUGCCGAAAGUGAACAGGUGUACACUGAUUUACCUGCUGGACCACUUGGCAAUGGUAGUGUCGCAGUGCAACAAGAUGUCGCCGGCCAGCCUGGCAGUGUGCUUCGGGCCAGUCCUGAUGCUGCACUCCGAAGAGACCAGACCUCCGCUGGACUUCCAGCAGCCGAUCGCCGUGCUGAAGUACCUGCUGGAGAUCUGGCCAGUUAAGUCAGUUCGGAAGAUUUCUUCAGUCGCUUCAGCGCUUCCUCGAGUUAUGCCAGCAGUCGAGCACAGCAACAGUCAGCAUCAGCUGCAGCCGCAGCAGCAGCCGCAGCCGCCGCAGCUGCAGCAACAGGUGCAACAACAGGUACACCAUCAACUGCAGGGAACAUUGGGACGCACAGGGCUGCCCUGGCAGCAGCAACACUCACUUCAUCAACAGCCCCCAACUACAAUAACCGCAGCCCUCGCGCCCUCCACUCGUCCUCCGCCGCCGGUCAAGCCUCGGCAGGUGAUAGUCUCGUCACCCGGUUCACCUAGCAGUGAGGAGUCCGAAGAAUCGCCGGAGCCGAUUAACAAGAGCCUCCUGGGCGGGCUGGGGCUCGAGAAGACCGCGAACGGGGUCGCCGGGGAUGCGGCUGGUCCUGGUACGGAGCAGAUCACGCCGACGAGCAGCGUCGACACGGAAGAGGGGAACACGCCGCAUCCUGAAGAGGGCGAGAGGGACGUCGAGGGCGACGCCGAGGCGAGCGACGACGAUCGGCACUGCGACUCCGACUAAUCUCGUUCGGGGAGUCUCUUUGCUUUCCUCUCGAUACGAGAACGUCAGGUGAAAGAUUAGUCGACGGGAAUCAUGGACAAAGACCAGACGCAGCGUUGGCCAUUCAAUAUCUCUGCUGGCCCUAUAUACAUAUAUAUACAUAUAUAUAUAUAUAU